AUGCCAGCAGAACCAGGAUCUUUGCAACAGGUUGAGAGUCUCAUGGAACUCGACUCUGUCCAGAAUAUCAAGGGUCUCCAAUUCAACCUGAUGCUGCCCGAAAAGUGGAUUCAGAUGAGUCCCGAUGAGAAGAUGGUGCAGUGCUCUCAGAUCCGCAAGCAAGCGCUGAUCGGAGUGGGAGAACUCCAGGUUUACAAUGGUGAUGGAUUGAGACUUCAACUUGGGGGCCGAAAUGCCAGGCCGAUCCAGGACACCCCAGCCAAGCAGAUUGCUGAGGACGUUUACCGCUACUCAGGCCCUCGGCGCCUGACUACAGACAUGGCACUGAAUCUGGUUGUUAGGACAUCUUGGAUUGAUAAGGGAGAAUGGCCACUAGGGAUUGACACUAGCAACUACAAAUCCCUUCCCCCAAUCACUUUCACUGAGCUUGGUCGCAGAGCGGUAAACGCCAACCAGGUUCAUGUUAUCAAUGGCCAACAUCGAAUAACAGGCCUGCGAUAUGCAUACAAGCGUGCAGUGGACGAGGUGAAACGCCUUGAGAGGCUAGUGAACAUUUGUCCCAAGAAAGAGUUAAGCGAUGAAGAGAAGGCAAGGUUAAGUGACCUUCAGGGUGCGUUGAAUCAGGAGCAUGUCAAGAUGGAGACGUUAAAGACAUGGCCUGCCAACAUUUGGGACCUUGAUAUUAUCGAGUCACAGGAGCGGCUGGGGAAUCUUCUCAUUGAUUUCCUUUCACAAAAUAAAGACACUGUGGAGGUAAUUGCGUCUGAGGAGGAUAAGCUGGCACCUCUAUACCAGCAACUCCUCACCAUGGAGAAAGCCUCGGGCUGGCGGCCACAAUUGUGGUCCUCAACCUCAUUCUCUGCCCAAACCCAUACCACUGACCUUCACAACCUGUCAGGUGACUCAACAUUUUCUCGUAAAUUUGAGAAAUUGGCCAAGGAUCCCAGAACAACACGUGGUUUGAUGGAAAUGACAAGGCUUGGCAAAUACUACCGCACCUGGAACGGCUUCACUUAUCUAUGGACAUACAUCCAGGGGCAGAAUGAGCUCCUGGGUCUCAUAUUCUCUAAUUCGGCAUCAGAUGCCAACUUCCCCUAUGAUCAAUUCCGUGGGACAUUGUCGGCACUGAAAACUGCCAAGUCCUCGUCACAACUCCAGGCACAAUUGGAUGCCCUCUCAUCCAACUUCAUCACGUCAUUCAUUGAUCAAGACCAUCAAAUGUCUGAUCUGGAACGAUUUUAUUCCUCUGAAUUUUGGGAUGCUGUGGAAAAGGCAGAGGCCACUUCUGGGAUCUCCUCUGCUGGGCAACAGCGGUAUGACACAUAUAUUGGUGAGGUCCGGAAGGCCAUUGAAGAAAUUCUUUCUCGAACGGAUGAGCUCCUUCCUCCCCACAUCAAAGCAUCUGCUCUGAAUUGUUUCGAUGUCUUGUUUUCAGGGAAGAUAUUCAACAUCAAAUUGAUCCUGAUGACAACAGGACUUGUGGGAGAGUUGGAAGAAAUGUUCAAGAAUUAUGGGCAUUGCUUCCGUGAGAUUCAUGCUUGGGUAGAUCCCAUCUCUGCAUACCUCAUUGAUUGGCCAAAGGAAGAUCCAUAUGAUCGCUCCUACCUCCUCUUUGAUUCCUUUCAUAGGGAUCCACUCAUCACCAACCCUCACAAUGUGGAACUGGUAUUUACAUUCCAUGUCCUUGGUGACAUGCUUCCUCAUUUCUCCAAUUGGAUGGUGGAAACUCAUCCAGAUCAUUCUUCCUUUGUCCAUGUACCCACUCAUGAUACCACAAAACUCCCAAGAGCAUACUUCGAGAAAGUGGGGCUAUAUGAUAUUGCCAAGCAGCCAUCACCACCAGAUGGUCAUCAAAAUGGUUUAUUCAAGUCUGGUGGUAUCUUGCCAUUGUCAUGGGAGGAGGAAUGUCAGGCUUUCGCAAAUUCACAAGCCAUCUUCCAAUCUUGGAACUCUGCACCCAACAUUCUGGCCAAACACCGUGAAAGCAGAGGAUCUAACAAUAUCUUACACCGUGCCAUGGCUGUUUAUCCACACCUCACCCUCAAAGAUGGCUCUGGGAGCAAUCUUAUUCGUAUCUCUGCUAAAUGGCGAAUUGCCAUGGUCAUUCUAUCCAUCCACAAUAUUCAAUGUCGGCUACCACUCAUGAAGAAGAAAGGGGUCUCUGCUGCUUUAUAUGCAGGACUUCUUGAUGCUAUCAAGCAUUUCACUCAUGAGCCGACCUCCUUUGACUUUGUGGUGGCUCUCCAUAGGAACGCCAAGGCCCACAAGUAUCCAUACCUUGAGGACCCAAAAGGCUUCAUUCAGCAACUCCAAGGCAUACCUCCAUCAGAUGAUGAGAGUGAUGACCAGGAGUCCCCUUUACAUCUGUACAACUCCCUUCGUCGAGGAAAUCAAAAAGACAUUCAUGCCCUCAGGAAUAUGAUGAAGAAGAUGGGCUGGAUCCACUGUCGCCAGCAGACCUCCAAGGAGAUUUCAAGUGACAUUGUGGAGGCAUGGAACGAAUUUGAAUCAUGUCUUCAACGAUUUUCUGUUGUAUUGUCCCUUGAUGAAGUGGAGACAAUUGAAGAAAAAGCACGCUCAUCCUCAUCCUCUAAGCCUCGCUACAGUUUGUAUGAUGAGGACAUUUCAUUCAAGGACUGGGUUCCUCAGACCAAGUGGCUCCUAAUGCCAACAAUAUACAAGGGGUCCAAGAACCGUACUGAUAAAUCACAUCCACUUCCUGAGUGGCUAAAAAGCCAUGAUGAUUUUUUAUAUAUCUGGGAUUCAACAAGUGAGGAGACAGAUCCUGAAGAGGCAAAGCCACCAAGUGAGGAGGAGGAAGAAAGGGAAGAAGAGGACAUCGCAUCUCAGUCACAGGGGAAGGGGAAGGGGAAGAUGCAUGAGGGUCCACCUACAAAGGCAUGCAAUUCUAUUAUCUGCCUCUGGAGAAAUAAUGCCAUUUCUUACCCAAUUAUUAUUGUCACAGCCGUUGCCAAUGCUGGAGGUAGUGAGUAUGAAGGUGAUAAUGUGGUCCCAGAGACCCCCUCUCCAUCCCAAGCAAAGCAAACAACUGGUGGUGGAAAGCGGCCCCACCAAUCCUCUAUCACCUCAACCUCUUCAAUUUCAAUGCCUGCAACACCCAUGAAGCUUGGCAGAAUUAUGCAACCACCUGCUCCCCCAGCGAUCUCAACCCGCCAGAGUUCAAGGAGAAUCCAACAAGCUUCUACCUCAGAGGGAAGGGCCAGGAGUAGAAAGCCUGAUGAUGAUGGACUUGCCACCUUCUCACACUACCAUGAUAUAUAUACAUUGGACAUGUCAUAUCCAUACAAUCCCGACCUCCGCUCCGGGCUCCCAGAACUCCGAACUCCGACUUCCGGAGCCCUACUUCCCUUCCGUCACCUUCUCCUUGCCGACUCCCAAGAGGUUAUCCCACCUCCGGCUCGGACACCACCUUCAGUCCGACUCCGGAACAUUCCGGGUCCGACCCCAACCUCGACACCUUCCAGACGAGUACGCAACACCUAUGCUCCCGACUCCGGACCUCCGCUCCGGAAUCCCGUUUGCGUCUCUGUCUCCGGAACCUCCGGUCUUAGCUCCGACCUCAGACUUUGA